GGGAUGCGAGGGGCAGACAAACACCCCAAAUGUUCCUGGGAAAACGGGUAAAAGACGAGGGCGACCUCCAAAGCGGAAAAAACUACUGGAAGAAAAUUUGCUGAGGGAGAAGGCAGAAGAGAACUUGCUAAUCCGAGAGACUCAGAUAAGAAAUGGGUCCCGAGGGCCUGGCCGUGGGACAUGGUGGCUGCUGUGUCAGACGGAAGAGGAGUGGAGGCAGGUCACAGAGAGCUUCAGAGAGAGGACUUCCCUCAGAGAGCGGCAGCUCUACAAACUCUUGAGUGAAGACUUCCUGCCAGAGAUCUGCAACAUGAUUGCACAAAAGGAGAAGCGUCUGCAGCGGACAGAGUUUUCUCCCAGGUGGAUGUCUGACCAUCAGCCCAUCAAACCAAUCAAGCAGGAGGUAAACCCCAACAUGCUGAGUUCAAUGGAGAAGCAGAGGCGCAGAGAGGAGGAAGAGGAGCGUCAAAUCCUUAUAGCAGUGCAGAAGAGGGAGCAGGAACAGCUACUAAAGGAGGAGAGGAAGAGAGAGAUGGAGGAGAAGGUCAAAGCAGUGGAAGAACGGGCUAGGAGGAGGAAGCUUCGUGAAGAGCGGGCCUGGCUGCUGGCACAGGGGAAGGAGCUCCCUCCUGAGCUCUCCCACUUGGAUCCCAGUUCCCCUUCCAGGGAAGAGCGAAGGACCAAGGAUCUCUUUGAACUGGACGAUGAGUUCACAGCCAUGUACAAAGUUCUAGAUGUGGUAAAGGCUCAUAAGGACUCUUGGCCCUUCUUGGAGCCCGUUGAUGAAUCGUACGCUCCCAACUACUACCAGAUCAUUAAGGCUCCCAUGGACAUCUCUAGCAUGGAGAAGAAAUUGAAUGGAGGUCAGUACUGCACCAAGGAAGAAUUUGUGGGUGAUAUGAAGACCAUGUUCAGGAACUGUCUUAAGUACAAUGGUGAAGGCAGCGAAUAUACCAAGAUGGCUUACAACUUAGAGAGGUGUUUCCACCGAGCAAUGAUGAAGCACUUCCCUGGGGAAGAUGGAGACACAGAUGAAGAGUUUUGGAUCAGAGAAGACGGGAGACGAGAGAAGAGGAGCCGGCGGAGUGGCCGCUCCAGCACAGGCAGUGUUUGGACUCGGUCGCGAGACCCGGAUGGAGGCAAGAGGCAGCAGCGCCUGGAAAAUGGAGGAAAACCUCCACCGUUUCGAGCUACUUCCAGGGCUCCUGCUUCUUCCUCCUCGUCUUCUUCCUCCUCCUUCUCCUCAUCCUCUGUAGAGGAUCCAAGUGGCAAUCCAAUGCAGCCUCCUCGAGAAGUGGGCCCUUCCAACGGGCGAGGUUUCCCUCGCUCUCUGCAGUACAGCAGCAUGCCCAGCCCUGGGCCACAUCCCGGCCAGAUGAGACCUGCUGUGCCGGGAACAUUUGGUCCUCUGCGUGGAUCAGAUCCCACGAAACUGUACGGCUCGCCACGAGUGCCUGAGCCCCAUCCCGGAGACCCAGUCCAGCAGCACCAGCACUUUGCCAUGCAGCCGGCCAUGGGACUGAGCGAGCACCGCGGGCACAGGCUGGCCACCCCAGAGAAGCAGGCGUGUGCAGGACCAACACACGUCACCGGCCUCGGCCCCCGGCCAGGUGCCCUGCAGCUGGGGCGUGUGAGUGGCCCCCCACCCGAUGCCAUCUAUCCGCCAGCCCAAUUCCAGCAGGGCUUCCUUCCCCCGAGGCACAACGGGCCUCCUGUGAGGCCACCAGAGGGCUCGGAAGUGCCCCCAGGACACAUGUACCGGCCCUACAAGUACCUGAACCGUGCUCACCCAGCCCUGUGGAAUGGCAGCCACGGUCCUGCCAGCCAGGGUGCCGUGGGGCUAGAGGAGAAGGUGCCCAUAGGGCCAGGGCCCUCGCUCCAGCCCCGUGCCCUGGGUCAUAUGAUGGACCCCCGGGCCAUGAGGCCACCACUGCCUCCUAGCCAGUGGACCGAGCAAUCAAAUUUCCUACCUCACGGGGUGCCUCCCUCAGGAUACAUCAGACCGUCCGGGAAAGCCACCAGCCAGAGGAUGCCGCAGUCACCGGCCACUCUAUUUGGGGGACCACCUCAGGUUCAAAGAGGGUGCCAGGGCGGGGACUCCAUGAUGGACAGCCCCGAAAUGAUCGCCAUGCAGCAGUUGUCCUCCCGUGUGUGCCCGCCGGGUGUGCCUUAUCACCCUCGCCAGCCGCCUCCCCCGCACCUCCCCGGACCCUUUCCCCAACUGGCUCACGCCGCCUCUGCCCCUGGCAUGCAGCCCCCAAAACCCGUCGUGGGGAAUGGCAGCUCACAGGACCCCACCGGUCAGACCCUGGACACGGAGAGCAACCAAGUGGAGCCACCAGCAGGCGUGGACGAGAAGGCUCAAUGCAUAGUCAUUCCUGACGGGGCCUAUGCCAAAAUCCUACCUCACACCAAGCCCCCGCUGCCCAUGGAAUGCACCAGGCGCGCCUUGCCCCCAGAUGGAGAGGAAGACGGCUCUGGUGGGAAGGGCGACCUGAAGGCAGGGCAGGGCAAGGGCACGUGGCCAGCAGAGAGCAGCUAUGCUGGUGGCCUGGGCUGCAUGAGGGAACUGGUGCCUGCCUCCGAGAGAGGGAUUCCCGUGCCUGAGAAUGGAGCGGCGGGCGAGGGGCCGGCGGCUCUGCCCGAAGCGGCCGUGCCUUGCAUGGGGCAGGGCACCGGCCUCCCCAGUGUGGACACUGGCUCCAUGGGGGCCGCCCCCAAUCAGUUCCACCCUCUCUACAUGCCCGGUCUGGAAUACCCGAAUUCGGCUGGGCGGUACCACAUCAACCCGGGCCUGCAGGGGUUCGGCCCUGUGAUGGGGGGGAAACCUCCUCCUCCUGCCUCCCACCCCCAGCAUUUUCCCCCACGGGGUUUCCAACCAAGCAGCGCCCACCCCGGUGUCUUCUCUCGGUACCGGCCACCCCAGGGCAUGCCCUACCCCUAUCAGCCGCAGCCUCAGCCUUCCUACCACCACUACCAGCGACCGCCCUACUACGCCUGUCCACAGGGCUACUCGGACUGGCAGAGGCCUCUCCACCCCCAGGCCAGCCCCAGCAGUCACCCUGCUGCCCACGCGGCCCUGGCCAGACCCCCUUUCCCAGAGCGGGGCUCGGCCAGCGGCCUGCAGGGCUGUGAGGCUCUGAGCGCCGCCCUGGCCUCUCCCAGCCGCGUGGACACAGCCAGUGCCAAAGAGGUUUCUCCGAGCGACGGGCAGGAUCUGGGGCCUGAAGACGAGAAGUCCGAGGAGUCCCAGGAAAGACCAGAGAGUCCCAAAGAGUUUCUUGAUUUGGACAACCACAACGCAGCCACAAAGAGGCAAAGCUCCGUGGCAGCAGGGGAAUUCCUCUAUGGAGCCCCGCCACCGCACCUGGCUUCGGGGAUGGGAUUCGGCCCGUCGGCUUUCCCCUCCCAUGGGGUGAUGCUACAGACUGGCUCUCCUUAUGCAUCCCGUCAUCCUGCCAGUCACUUCCAGCCCAGGACGUACGGAUCGCCCAUGAAUGCUCACCUGUCUCAUCAUCCAGCCCCUGGCCAGCCCAACGGUCUCUCUCAGGAGGGACCCCUGUACCGCUGCCGAGAUGAGAACAUAGGUCACUUUCAGGCCUUGCUGAUGGAGCAGAGAGGCAGUGGAGGUGGCAUGGGGGGGCCACCCCAGGACUUGUAUAGACCCUCGGGAAUGCAAAUGCAUCAGGCUCAAGUUCCCUUCCCGAAGAUGCCUACAGCAACCAUGUCCCGGGAAGACCUGACGUCACAAAAACCACCAGCGUUGCCUCUGGAUCAAAGCUAGUCCAAGGAAGAAAGGAUCUCACAAAGAUGAAAGCCACACAUGAUUUGGACAAGGGGGAGGAGGGGCAGAGCUUUCUCCCAUCCUCCCCUCGCCCAAGCAGCAUGUAGCUUCCUGGGCCUGUGGAAAAUCAUGCCGCCAUGGCUUUUGUGUUGGAAACCUGGAGUGGUGCUGAGCCUCAGCCAGCUGAGCAGCUGGCUCGCCACCACAGGGCGAGCAUCGCAAAUUAGUGGCUUUCCAUGACUGGAGACUGCGUCUCGUUCAGGGUUUGAGGGAUUUUUUGGGGUGGGGAGGGUGGGGGCGGGGGCAGAAACUUUCAUUGACUGCUAAACUCAGGUAUAUUUUUCAGGGUGGAAGAGGACGAUGAUGGAAUUUUACUUGUAGUAUUAAUGUGUGUGUUUUGGAGCUGGAUCCAGUUUACAGAAUUUAACCUGUUGC